AUGCGGAAGUUCGAACAUCAGCCCGACAAGGGAGGCCCGAAAGGAAGUGCAAGGGCCAGGGUGCAGCUACCGAUAGCGCAACCAGCCGCUAAGCCAGCAUCAAAUGGGCCUUCGGACUCAAACAACAUCACCUCAUCGAGCGCCGACCCGUACAAAGCAGCUCGCGAAGCUCUCGAUCGCGAUGGCUUCGUGGUCUUAUCGGCUUCGCUCUUCCCAUCUUUUGAUCUCGACGCCCUGCGCGCUGCUGCCUCCCGCAUGACAGAAGCGGCACGAUCUGGGAAAUGGCCAUAUAUACGUACAUUGCCGAAGCAGUUCCCACCAUGGCCACAAGAUCCCUCGAAAGGCAUCUGGGGCGUGCAGCAUCUGCUCCACCCGUCAAAUCCCGAUCAUCUCACAUUCGCAAGAUCGUACUUUGACAGCGAGCUUCUGAAGUACGUCGCAGCACUAAUUGGGUGUGGCGAGGACGAUUUGACCAUGGAAUUAUACAACAUGCUGGUUCGACCAGACGAGGACUUCAGUCUGCGCUGGCAUAGAGAUGAUGUCGCAGCUACCGCAACGCCUGAAGAAGAGCUCGAGCGAUUGAAGAAGCCAGGGCAUCACGCACAGUGGAACCUUGCACUGUACGACGACAGCAGCCUUGUACUUGUGCCUGGAUCGCAUAAACGCGCACGCACUGAGACGGAACGAAAUGCGGACCCGUACGAAGUACACAUGCCCGACCAGAUCAUUGUGCAACUCAAGGCAGGCGAGGUGGCCUUCUACAAUAACAACAUCCUACAUCGCGGCGUGUACGACAGUUCGAAAGAAAGGAUGACGUUGCAUGGAAGUAUAGGAACGACACAUGCGGGGAGCGAGCGAGCGAGGAAUGUGUUGCAGCACGGUGUCGGUGAUUGGGCCAAGGAAUACGAUUUCGAGGGAUUUGAACCUGACAUGGCAGAAAGGGCCAAGAAGAUGAGGGAGAGGCUCGUGGAGAUGGGGCAGAGAAGCGGAGAUGUUGGCUUCUUCUCGAAGGAUGAGUGA